AGACGGCGGCUGACCCUGCCGGCCCUUCCCCAGGGCCAGGGCCAGCAACCGGACGCGGACUGCUACGACUCGAGGAUCGUCGACUUCUUAGAUGUCGUUGACCCCGAGGUAGCGACACUUUCGUCCAUCACGAACAUCCAGAAUUCCCUCUUUGUGCCCUCACUGGGCAAGUGGGUCAACCGCAGGCCGACAUACGAUCUCACCCAGCUCCCGCUGAUACCCAAGAUACCCGGCGCGUUUCGCCCGUCCAAAGAGGAUGUGGUGCCCAGCAGGCAACGGGCCGAGGGAGAGCAGCCACCGACGCCCCGGCGGUCGCCGAGCCUCUCGUCGGUGCUCAGCGAGCCCCAGUAUGCCAUCCUCCCCAAAGACGCAUCGCUGGAAGGCUGGCCGGAGGAGGACAUCAAGGCGCUAAACGACUAUGUCCGCCACAUGCUGCACUCUAGGCGCUCCAAGAUCAAGCAGCGUCUCAAGGCCUUCGGCAAGUACGUCAGCAAGCCCCUGGGCUUUCUCGUGACUCUCUACGCCACCCUGAUCACCCUCUUCGGCCUCGCUUGGGUGCUCUUCUUGAUCGGCUGGAUCUACGUUGGAGACCGGCAGCUAUAUGUUAUUAACGUCAUCGACUACAUCCUGGUCGCCCUCUUCGCCAUCGUCGGCGACGGCCUAGCCCCGUUUCGCGCCAUAGACACAUACCAUAUGGCGUACAUCGCUCACUACCAUCGCAAGACGUGGAAGAUGCGCAAGAGGCUCCUCUUGCCGGAGCUGCGCGACCACAACGACUUGCCCACGCGGAAUGGCGAGGGCAGGAGUGCGCCCGACCUCGAAGCACAGGCCCCGCAGCAACAGGACGAGUUCUUCCCCGUCCUGUCGGAGAAAGAGCAGGCGCGGCUCGUGCACCACCAGACGAAGCUGGCCAACUCGCACACGUUCUACAAGCCGCACGAGACCGAGACGCACCACGCCUUCCCCCUGCGCCUUCUCAUCGCCGUCGUGCUGCUCCUCGACCUCCACAGCUGUCUGCAAAUCGCCCUGGGCGCGUGCACCUGGGGCAUCCCCUACGACUCUCGCCCGACCGCGCUCACCACCACCAUCCUCUGUUGUUCCAUCACGGCCAACCUCACAGCCGGCAUCCUCAUCUCCAUCGGCGACCGCCGGACCCGCAAGCAGGACGUGCUCGACCGGCUGCUGAAGCAAGACCUGACCGGGGAGGUCAUGAAGAAGAUGCGCAAGAAGAGGGAGAAGGAGGCGCAAAAGGACGAUGGCAAGAGGGCCGGC